CGUUCCCCUUCUCCUUCCCCUAUUUCCAUGGAUUUGAUCUUAUCCGCCAAACCCCAUGGCCUUAUACCCUUCGCCGCCUCUCCCAGCUUCCAACUACAUAGUCUUUUCCGUCGAGAAUUCCUUGGAUGCGGCAUUCAGCUCAGAACCUCGGGCCUCCGAUACCGAGCCGUCCGCGGGAAGCUAGGGUUUCAAACCCUUUCUCCCCGCUGCGUCACAUUCCAGGAUUGCGUCCUGCAGAGUUCCGUUAUUGUGAUAGCCGCGACAGUUGCUGCCUUCGCAGUGAUUGAAUUGAUCCACCUUAAUCGUAAUGGAGGAGGAAGCAGUGACAAGGACAUUGGAAGUCAGGAAAUCUCUGAUGCUUUGGUAUGCGGUGAGAUGUCUGAAGAUACCAUCAUUCCACUGCAGGAAUGCAUUGGGAAACCGGCUUUAUCAAGUGAAUCUCUUAGCAAAUUGCCUUCUAUUUGUGAUAGAAUGAACUUUUCUUCUAGAGCGCUGAAAGUUAUUUCUUCAACAAAGGAUCAUUCCUUCGUUUGUGAUGAUGGUGAACUCUUGAACCCUCAGAUAACAGGGUUAUCUCUGGAUGUAUUAAAUAAGGAAUUGCAUCCAGUUGAUGAAAAGUUUACUUUGUUCCCAAUGUCUAGCAUGUUGGUCCAAACCAAAGUUGGUGGUUCAGUGGGUCCUUUGAUUAUUGGCCAAGUAGAAUCAAGGGAGAAAGGUAGUGUUGUUUUAGAUGAGUCAGACAUCAUGCCAGAAAAGCUAGAAAAAGGUCUUUCAGAUAGCGGUGUGCACUCUUUGAAGGCUUUUCAUAUAUCUAAUUUCUUUGUGGUCCCAGUGAAGAGCAUGCAGAGAGAAUUCAAUCAAAAUUAUUAUGAUAGGACAAAGCGACAUAUAGUUAAUGGAAGUAAGCUUCUGGAUUCAAACCUCAAUGCAGAUCAUAUAUCUACUGAAGAGGCUUAUGAUUGCGGUAAAGAACAAUCUGAGGUCAGGUCUCUAUCGUGUUUCAAUAACUUGUACGAGAAACCUCUCAAUCUCAUUCUUCAGAAUGGCAGUGAUUAUUAUGAUUUAAAGCUUUCUGUGAAGAGGGCAGAAGUCCUUGAGAAAGGUUCUUCAAAACCUGCAGCAAAUUCUGAUCUUCCAGAACGACAGGCCCUUUUUAUGUGCUUCAAGAAAACUUUCAAUAGUAAUGAGAAGGGACUAACCGAUGGCUGUAGAUCCAUACAGGAUAUUGAUAGAAGUUUCAUGUGCAAAAAAGAUAACAAACCCUUGUCUAGAUUCUUUCAACCAAAUGGAGGACUUGUAAAAGAUUCAAGCAGUCUGGAAAGUUACUUAAGAACCUAUGAAUGCUUAUUAAGGGAUGCGAGAUUAAAAGACUGUUUAGAUUUGUUGGAGAGUUUGGAAAGAAAGGGGCUUCUGGAUAUGGACAAGGUCCAUCACACACGGUUUCUAUAUGCUUGUAAGACCCAAAAGAAAGUCAAAGAGGCUUUUCGCUUUUGUAAACUUAUCAACAAGCCGACGCUGAGCACAUUUAACAUGCUUUUAUCUGUCUGUGCAAACUCACAGGAUUUUGAUGGAGCUUUUGAAGUGAUGCUGCUAAUUAAGGAGGCUAAGCUGAAACCUGAUUGUAAACUUUACACCACUCUGAUAUCAUCAUGUGGGAAAUGUGGAAAGGUUGACGCCAUGUUUGAAGUCUUUCACGAAAUGGUUAAUGCUGGAGUUGAGCCGAAUGUCAAUACUUAUGGUGCACUGAUCGAUGGCUGUGCCAGAGCUGGGCAAGUUGCCAAAGCAUUUGGUGCUUAUGGAAUUAUGAGAUCCAAGAAUGUGCAACCAGAUCGAGUUGUAUUCAAUGCACUAAUCACAGCAUGCGGUCGUUCAGGAGCACUUGAUCGUGCUUUUGAUGUCUUAGCUGAGAUGAGAGCAGAACCUAAACCAAUAGACCCUGAUCAUGUCACUAUUGGUGCCCUGGUGAAAACUUGUAUUCAAGCUGGUCAGGCCAAAAGGGCACGCGAAGUGUACAAAAUGCUUCGUCUAUAUAACAUAAAAGGCACUCCUGAUGUUUACACAAUUGCUGUCAAUAGCUGCAGUCAGAAUGGUGAUUUGGAAUUUGCCCUUAGCAUAUACGAGGAUAUGAAAAAGAAUGGCGUGUUGCCUGAUGAGAUGUUUCUGAGUACAAUUAUAGAUGCUGCUGGUCAUGCUCAAAAUAUAGAUGCCGCAUUUGCCAUUCUGAAGGAUGCCAAAAACAGAGGAAUACUUGUUGGAAGCAUGACAUACAGCUCACUUAUGGGGGCUUGUUGCAAUGCAAAAAACUGGAAGAAGGCUUUGGAGUUGUAUGAGGAUAUUAAAGCUAUCAGGUUGCUUCCAACAGUUUCAACGCUGAAUGCUUUGGUUACGGCUCUAUGUGAUGGAGACCAGUUGCCAAAAUCUGUUGAAGUUCUUGAUGAAAUGAAGGAAGCAGGAGUCCUUCCUAAUGUCGUUACAUAUUCCAUUCUCAUCGUAGCAUGUGAAAAGAAGAAUGAAGCUGAACUGGGAUUUGCACUGCUCUCAAAAGCGAAAACAGAUGGAAUUCUACCGAACCUUAUUAUGUGCCGGUGUCUUACUGGUUUGUGCCUACGAAGUUAUGAAAAGGCUUGCUCUCUUCAUGAACCUAUUAUUUCCUUUUACUCUGGAAAGCCAGAAAUUGAUAGCAUAUGGACAUCACGAGCAAUAAUGGUAUAUCGUGAAACAAUUUCAUCCGGUGAGAUACCGACAGUUGAAGUGUUUUCUCAAGUUUUGGGAUGCCUGCAGUUUCCUCGUGACUCCCUAAUUAGAAAUAACUUCAUUGAGAACUUGGGAAUAAACUUUGAUAGAUCAAGAUGCUCAAAUAUUUCUUCGUAUUUACAUGGAUUUGGAGAAUAUGAUACGAGAUCUUUUUCUGUGCUUGAGGAAGCUGCUUCAUUACGAGUUGUACCAAGAGUUUCCUACAAAGAAAGCCCAAUUGUUUUAGAUGCAAGGAAGCUGCUAGUACAUACAGUUGAGGUGUAUAUCUUGACAAUUUUGAAAGGUUUGAAGCAUCGGCUAGCUGCUGGUGCUAGAUUACCUUGUGUAACUAUACUAUUGUCAAGAAGAAAGACAGUGAUUGAAUCUCCUAAGGGAGAAAAGACAGUUUAUAUUGCUGGAAGGGUCGGUCAAGCAGUUGGAUCUUUGCUGAGACGGUUGGGGCUGCCUUAUCAAGGAGAUGAAUCGUAUGGUAAAAUAAGGAUAAAUGGCCUUACUUUGAGAAGGUGGUUCAAGCCUAAACUUGCCAGCAAUUACAUAAGUGGGAGACCUGGAGAUAUGAUGCUAACAUCUGCACGACUCGGCAAAGGCAUAGCAGAACAGCAGCGCCAAAUACGGAGCAACGAUUUGUCUCUGGAGUAGUUCUGCAUCUUUCAUGGCUUUAAGUAGCUAAGCUCAGCUGGAAGUUGUUAACAUUGCAUUCGAGCUGUUAACUUCCUUGAACUUGUUGAUGGUACUAUGGUAGUGAUCACAGCAAAAUUUUCAAACUCUCGAUUCACAAGAAUAAGCUCACUUGGAAAAAAAACAUCUCUUCUCAGAGGUAUGGGCUAAAGCUUCUUUUUAUUACCGACAACAGACGGUGAGAAGUUAUUAUCUAUUAACAACUUAGGCUACUGCAGAAUAUGCAUUGUAUGCUAAUUCGAGUACUCAUUUUUCUUUGCUUCGAAGCGUGUAGCUGAGAGGUGAAUGAAACAAAAAUUUAGGUAUCUAUCAUUCUUUCCCCUCGUUA